CUGUUCCAGACUUAGAGAUGCUAGAAGAUGUUUAAAGCAAAAACAUUUGUUUCUUCCUGGCUGUGCGUUUGCUGUCUAGCUGGUGUGUUUGGUGAUACAGAUACAGAUUCAGUGAAGCCUGUGUCAGUGACUGAAGGAGGUUCUGUCACUCUAAACCCUAGUCUCUCUGAAAUACAGAAAGAUGAUGAUAUACUGUGGAAGUUUGGACAUAACCGGUCUCUCAUAGCUAAAAUCAAUCGACACACUGGAGUCUCUUUCACACAUGAUGGUCCUGACGGGAGAUUCAGAGACAGACUAAAGCUGGACAAUCAGACUGGAUCUCUGACCAUCACAAACAUCACAAACACAGACUCUGGACUUUAUGAAGUGUCCAUCAGUAACAGCAGCUCACAGACUAAAUACAGAUUCAAUGUUACUGUCUAUGACUCUGUCUCUCUGAAAGUGUUGAUCUCUGCAGCGGCUGCUGGAUCUCUGUUGAUCGUAUCUGCAGUCGGGAUCUUCUGCAUCUACAAGAAAUGUAGAGAAACUGAUCCAGAAGAAGAGAUCACUUACGCUGAACCAAAGUUCUACAAGAGAAACACGCAGAAAGCGGAAGUCAAACCGGAGGAUAAGACGGUGUACGCACAUAUCAAACGAAACACUGCUCAAACUGCUCUCUGA